GUAACCAAUAGUGCAUCCGGCAUCGUUAAGUAAUGGAGCAGCUGGCGUCGUAGAAACUCUCGAAUUAGUUGCCGAUUGCAAUAAUCGAAAUAUAAUUAAAUAAUAAUUCGGAAAUUGAUGUGUAACAUUUCUUUUUAACGAUGGAGAACUCAAACUCGGACGGUGUCGUCCUACCGGACAUUUCCGAAGCCGAACAUCUUGCGAGUGAGCACGAUGGCGGCGAGAAUGGCGAAACUGUUGUGGAAACAAAAAAUCCACGAAUUUCCGUGCAGACAGUUCGACAUGCAGGGGUUCCAGUUACGCUGCCCGUGGGUUCUCUCAUUACUGGUGCGUUCAAUGUCAUCACCCAGGAUCAGCUGCCCCAUUUUAAACCGAUGCUGUGCGUGGAUAAUAAUGGCUACAUUGCCACUGACGGAUCAGGGGGUGAGCUGAAGACCAUUGUGAUACAGGAGGAUGUUACCGGAGGGGGCACCAUGGCUACCCCCGUUACUGUUACACCCACCUCCGCUUCGGGGUCGUGGAGCGAAGCCGCCAGUAUGCCCGUGUUACCCAUUCGUUGUAAAAACACCUCGGCAGAGCUACACAAGAACCGCUUCGGGUCGGGUGGAAGGGGCCGCUGUAUCAAACUAGGAAACAACUGGUACACACCGAGUGAGUUCGAGGCGCUGUGCGGACGGGCAUCGAGUAAAGACUGGAAACGCAGUAUCCGAUUCGGCGGACGGAGUUUGCAGACCCUAAUAGACGAGGCGAUAAUUUUACCACACGCUACCAGCUGCACGUGUGCGGCAUGUUGCGACGACGAAUCCGCAACAGGCCCGGUACGGCUCUUCACCCCCUACAAACGUAAACGCAGAAAAGAAAACGACGGCUCGAUGAAGCGGCGCGAGCACAGCGGCGACGACAGCGAGGACAAUCAGAUCAACAUACAAACGAAAGAGGAGGCCUGGCAGAAUCUCGCCGAGGGCUUGGACUCAAAUGAGUAUCAGCUCAUGGAGCCGGUCGGUAGCGUCGAUCCCACCAUCAUCUUGAAAAGGCUGGAGGAGAUCGCCACCAAUAUCAACAGACAGGCGGCCGAGUUCCGGCGAGGUAUCGAGGAAAUUCGAGAGGCCUGGAAGAAUCAGUCCGAUAAAUUUCAACGGGAAAAGGAUGCGGCAAUUCUCGCCGCUCGAGUGGAGGCACAGGUAGCGGCCUUACAGCCGGAUGGCAACUCGGAUUCCACCUUGCAGCCGGCGUUAGACAACGAACACCAAAAGAAGUGUGCCAAUUGCAACCGCGAAGCGUUGGCCGAAUGUUCCCUCUGCAGGCGUACACCUUACUGUUCGACAUUCUGCCAACGCAAAGACUGGGCCUCGCAUCAAGUGGAGUGCGUAAGAGGGGUCUCAUCCGAUGCUGCACCUCAGCAGUCGAUAAUGUUAAUAGUGGAAAGUGCCGAGCAACAGUAGAUUAAGUUUUAUAUUUGAUAACGUGAUAUUUUCUAGAAUUAUGUUACGAAAGUUGAUAGAUUUAUAACAUUUUUAAGUUAGCGAUUGUUUUGAUUGCGGUGUGCAAUUUUGAAACAAAAAGAAACGAUAAUUUUUACAUUAAGAUUGAAAAUUUGUACAUAAAUUAAAUAGGAUCUAAGGAGCAGAAUUUUUUAUCUCUUGAUCACGUUUGGAUUUUGAACUUGUUGGUUAUUUAUUAUUACAAUGCGACCUAAACAUUUCGGUAGCUCUUAUUUUCACAUUUAUUUGUAAUUAGAGUAAUUAUUGCAUUCUCCACAAUUUGCUUAGCAAUGGUGUUUAGGUGAUAUUUUACAUUUCUUGUAAGUACAUUUUACGGCUAUGGCACAAUGUAUUUUUCAUUUGUAUUUUAUUUAUCUGUUCUUUUGUAAUCACUCUUAUCUUUACGUGAUUAAAUUUCUUAUGAUAC